GACUGCGCUAGGUUGGAAGCUCCAUGGUCGUAUCAAGCGGGUCAGGUCCACACUUGUUUUGGAAUUUAAAUUUUCCCGUCGUUUAUUAAAGCCAUUGGUGGGAGUGUGUGUGUGUCUGUGUAGGACGCAGUUUUAGUGCAAUUUACGAUAAGAUCUAAUCCAGUCGCUACAUCAAGCAUGGGACUUCUUGUUUACGAUAUUUUAACAACGUGCUAGCUUUGUACUGGUAACCGCAAUAACAUAGACACGAAAAGCACUUCGUUUAUGACAUGUGCACCAGUGUUACAUGUUAGCGAAGCGACUGGAGAACUACUAAAAGUUCUCCACAAUUCAUGUAAGCCUGUGGACACGGUGACCUUCCAGACUUUGCGUAGUACUCCCACUUCUUAUUGAAGAGCUCCUCGCCCCUACGAAUGGAUGAACAAACUUGACACGAGUCAUUCUGUUGGACGCUUACGAGUCGCACCGAACGGGUGCGUCGUUCAGCACACUUUGCGAGACUCGGAGUUUAGUGUUUUUGCGUUUCUUAAAGUAUGGCUUGCCGUUCGGUGACGACGUUGGUGUGUAUUGGGCGUCACGUGGCGAGUCGAACUUCCCUAUGCCCAAUUCACACCUCGUCGUCCUACUCUUCAACCCAACCAAACUACGGCUUCAAACCUGGCAAAGUCGCGGUGGUUACCAAAACGACUCGAUACGAGUUCGAACAGCAACGUUAUCGUUAUGCGGGACUCUCCGAGGAAGACCUAAAGCAGCUGCUUGCUAUGAAGGGUUCCAGCUACAGCGGCCUGCUGGAAAGACACAACAUCCACACAAGCAACGUGGAGCACAUUGUGAAAAGCCUGCAGAACGAAGGAAUUGAAGUGAAAGUGGUGAAAAGGGGCGAAUAUGAUACCGAAGUAGUUCAAUGGGCAGAUGCCAUCAUAUCUGCUGGAGGAGAUGGGACAAUGCUGCUUGUUGCCAGUAAGGUUUUGAGCAAGGACAAACCAGUUGUUGGAGUAAACACAGACCCGGAGAGGUCAGAGGGUCAUCUGUGCUUGCCUGUAAAGUACACUCGCAAAUUCCCAGAGGCGCUGGGGAAACUCUUCCGUGGUGAGUUCAGGUGGCAGUGGCGCCAAAGGCUGCGACUGCACCUCGAGGGCACCGGCGUAAAUCCCACGCCGCUCGACCUGCACGAGCAGCAGCUGAGCCUGGAGCAGCACAGCCAGGCGCAUCGCAUCACCACCGUCGGCAACCGACAGAAAACCGGAACACCCAACGAAAGCUCCUCCAAGCCCAGUCUACUCCCCGUCAGGAGCCUGAAUGAAAUCUUCAUUGGAGAGUCUCUUUCGUCCAGGGCGUCUUACUAUGAGAUCUCGGUGGAUGACGGCCCGUGGGAAAAGCAGAAGAGUUCGGGGCUCAGCAUUUGUACAGGAACAGGAUCCAAAGCCUGGUCAUAUAACAUCAACAAACUUGCUGAGCAAGCGGUGAACGAGAUCUUAAAAAUAGGAAAAUGUCAAACGGGCCUGGCCAUUCCGCUCCACCUUGAAUUCAUUGAGAAAGUGACCGACAAGUACAACGAGUCGCUGGUGUUCAGUCCCGAGGACCGCCGCUUGUUCUUCAGCAUCCGGGAGCCAAUUGUGAACCGAGUGUUCUCCAGUAGCCGGCAGAGAGGCUUCGCCAGCAAGGUGUGCGUUCGCUCUCGUUGCUGGGACGCCUGCAUGGUGGUGGACGGCGGGAGCUCCUUCGAGUUCAACGACGGCGCCAUCGCGACCAUCGGCAUGAGCGAGGACGAUCGCCUCCGCACGCUUGUUCUGGAUAACUGAGGCCAGUCCGCAGCGCGUAAGACCGACAACGAGGCAACCACUCAACAACCGUGAGGUUCGGGGGAAAUACUUUUUUUGUGUUUGUUCCGAUUUAUCUCCCCCCGACGCAUCUUUUUGAAAGUGGAAGCACAGAUUUGUUUGAAAAGAUAUUUUUGGGCCGUAUUUUUGUAGUUGUGCUAGCAGCCAAUAAGAUUUUAAAGAAAGAUUCGCGUGCUAAAGAGAGAAUUGAACAGCGAGAGGGGCCUUUUGCUCCUGGUCAAAUGUCGAGUAGGAAAAAGCAGCUUUUUUGGUGAUUCUGAGAAUGGAGUGCCUGUUAAUGUUGAAGUCAGCUCGAGUGGCGCACAUUUCCGCCAUGCCCGACGGCAGAAAUGUGCUGACGACACAAGCUCGCCGGUCUGGCUGUGUGUGGCCCGCGACCAAAUGGGCCGUGGCCCGGUACCGGCGGCAGUUGGGGACUGCCGAGCCAAACCAUUGCACCAGCGUACUUUUUGGCGCAUAGAAAGAAAAAAAAA